AUGCAUGUAAACCACAGCAGCAACUCCACUCCUCCGCGGAGGCCGGUUGGUUCAUUCAGCCAGAUGGCCGGUGUUGGAUCAGGUUGGUGCAAUCCCCAUUCUGGCUGGGAUGGAUCCGGGAACCCCUGCCUCCUUGCUCUACCUGUGGUGGAGGCUGCAGCACCGUGGAUCGGAUCGGACCUGCCAGAGAACUCAAGGAGAAGAAUCAAGGAUGGUGUCGGCGGAGAAAGGAUGGAAGCCGCAGUUCCUGCGGAGGGGACGGGCGGCAGGUGCCGGCUGCCAGCCUCCUGGGCUCUCUACAUGCUCUGCUCCGGCUUCUCCGAGUUCUUCAGCGGCGUCUUCAUCAACCAGUACCGCUUCAACUUCCCCGCUUUCAUCGCCCUGUGCCAGGCUCUGCUGACCAUUGUGGUGCUGCAAUUAUUGAGACAAGCCGGACUGUUGAAGAUCCAACCAUAUUUACUGGAGAGUGGAGAGAUUUUCCUGCUCCCUUCCAUUUGCUCUGGUUUUCAUUCAAUCCUAACUCUGUGGGCUGUGACCAGCUCCAAUUCCAUAGUCUUCACAUUCAUCCAACGGUUUACACCCCUGGCCACCUUGGUAUUCUUGGAAACAUUUAACUUGAAAAAGAGAAUCUCCUUCAGCAAUGCUUUUUUGGUGCUGCUGGUCACUUCGUGCUCCAUUUUUGCAGGGCUUCAGAUUUUCAAUGAUGAAGUUGUUGUGUAUAUAUAUGGACUGUUAAACCUCCUCUUCAAGAGCACUUACCUCCCUUUGAUCCAGAAGAUUUGUGAAGAUCACAAGAAGUCAGUGGUGGAUGUCUAUUACACCUGCACCAUUAAUAGCUGUCCACUGCUGUUGGUGUACUGCCUUCUCCAUCCAGAUACUCCUCAGAUCUUCCCUUCAGGCAGCUGGUCCAGUCUGAUCUUUUUGGGCUUUUUUUGCUUGGUGUUGCUCCUGGGGUCUUUGCUGAAUUUCCUGGUUUUCCUGUGCACCUUGCUGAGCUCAGCACUGACAAUGAACAUGGUUGAGGUCGCAAAGACAAACAUACUGAUGCUGAGGAAUAUUGUUACACAUGAAUGGACUUUCUCACUCCCGCUUCUCACCAGUCUUCUCAUCAGUAUCAGUGGAGCAGGCAUCUAUGUGUACAAAAAUUCUAGACAGAUAAAUACAGGAACAAGGAAAUGUGCAACGGAAAUGACCAUUUGA